AUGGGCCUCACAGACUCGCUCAACCGGCGCAUGAAGGCCCAACCUGAUACUGCUGAUGGACACGACUCUGAGAUCCUUUCUGAAUCGAGUUCAGACGACGAUGGCGUUGAUUCCGGCAACGCUGGGUCUGGAGCUGACAGCGAAGUUUCGGAAUCAGAAGACAGUGAGGGAGAGCUGAGACAUUCCUCCCCAGAGCACCCCGAUAUCACGUCCUCGCUGCAUGAAAUAUCGUUUGGUGCUCUUGCAAAGGCCCAGGCCUCCCUCGGUCGAGCAGGCAAGCAGAAGCUUACCCUGGCCCGUGAAACACCACGAGGUCCAUCCGCAUUGGAUGAGAUCCGACAGCGUAUCGGUGCUCUCCGAGAAGAGAAAUCGGCAACGCCCUCAUCAAAGAAAACGCAUGCGCUUCCUCACCGCUCCUCCAAACAUGCGCCUGCCGUCCAAUCAUCCAAAUACGCGGUUACCCGCAAACGCAUGGUCGUAGAUCACGGUGCUGGUCAGCCAAAGGCUCGCGAUCCACGGUUUGACACCGUCGUGAUAUCUCACGGCGCGUCCAACUCCGCGGCGAUCGGCAAUGCCAAAGCGGCGGCGAACAAGAACUAUGCCUUCCUCGAAGACUAUCGCGGCUCUGAACUCGCUUCACUCAAACAGCAGCUGACCAAGACCAAGAACCCGCUUGAAAAAGAACAGCUCAAGCGUACAAUAACUUCUACGGCGGAUAGAAUGAGGGCCUUUGAAAGAAAAGAGAAGGAAAAAGAAAUCGUGGCACAGCAUAAGCGCAAGGAAAGGGAGUUGAUUCGGAAGGGAAAGAAGAGUGCACCAUAUUUCUUGAAGAAGGGGGACGUAAAAAAGGAAGCCUUGAAACAGAGGUACGAGGAGAUGGGGGCCAGGCAGAGGCAAAAAACCAUUGAAAGAAGGCGGAAGAAGGUUGCGUCGAGGGAGAGAAAAGGAAUGCCUGAUAUGCGAAGAGCGGUGGAAGAUUAG